UAUUUGAAAAGUUUUUAUAAAACGGCUUUCGAUGAUGACGCUAUGCACAUUAUUUUAUUUUUUUUGCCUGGUAUUAUUUAUCGAAUACCGAAAAAUGUUGAAACUGUGCUGGAUUUAGGAGCGGGGCCAACAGUCUAUGUUCCAAUAGUAUUUCGCAAAAAAGCUAAACACAUCUAUACAUCAGAUUUUUCAAUCAAAAAUUUGAAAGCUUUACGUGAUUGGGUUUGUGAUAAAUCGAAUUUUGAUUGGAACAAUGUCUGUCAAUGGAUUAUUGAUAUCGAAAAUUCUUUUUUAUCACCAAAAUUCAUUCAAAAUAAUAUGAAUGUUUUCAAGAAGAAUUUACUCGAAUCAAUUUAUUAUUAUAAAGAUAAAAAAUAUAAUAAUGAAAUAAAUAAAUUUGAUGUUAUUGUAACGAUAUUUUGUUUUGAAUAUGCAAGUGAAACUUUACGAGAAUACCAAUGUGCUGUGAAAAAUACUGUGGAAUGUAUCAAAACUGAUGGUUAUUUGGUACGUUUUUUUGAAAAAUCAUAA